AUGGCGCACCGAGUGGUGAAACUCUUCUUCUUGCUAUGCGCACUGUCCUACGCUCUCGUCACCAUUGCCGGGAAGAGCUACUACGAUGUGUUGCAAGUGCCCAAAGGUGCGUCGGACGAUCAGAUCAAGCGAGCUUACAGGAAGCUGGCGUUGAAGUAUCAUCCCGAUAAGAACCAGGGGAAUGAGGAAGCUAAUAAGAAAUUCGCAGAGAUUAGCAACGCUUAUGAGACGUUGUCCGACGGCGAGAAGCGGAAGAUUUACGAUGCUUAUGGGGAGGAAGGGCUUAGGCAGCAUAUGGCCAAUGGAGGUGGCGGUGGAGGAAUGAACAUGCAGAACAUUUUCGAGCAAUUCUUUGGCGGAGGAGGUCAAUCGGAAGAGGAGGAAGAGAGAAUCCAAAAGGGUGAUGAUGUCAUUGUUGAUUUGGACGCCACAUUGGAAGAUUUGUACAUGGGUGGUUCAAUGCAGGUGUGGAGAGAGAAGAAUGUUAUCAAGCCAGCCCCAGGGAAAAGACGAUGUAACUGCAGAAAUGAGGUCUAUCAUAGACAAAUUGGUCCAGGGAUGUUCCAGCAAAUGACAGAGCAGGUCUGUGAUCAAUGCCAAAAUAUCAAAUUUGAGCGGGAAGGGUAUUCUCUCACAGUUGAUAUUGAAAAAGGAAUGCAAGAUGGACAAGAGGUUGUUUUCUAUGAAGAUGGUGAGCCCAAGAUAGAUGGGGAACCAGGAGAUUUGAAGUUCCGCAUUCACACAUCACCUCAUGACGUUUUCACAAGGAAAGGCAACGACUUGCACACCACAGUCACCAUCACACUGGUUCAAGCCCUCGUUGGCUUCGAGAAGAAGAUCAAGCACCUCGAUGAGCAUCUGGUCGACAUAGGCUCACAGGGAAUCACUAAGCCAAAAGAAGUAAAGAAGAUCAAGGGCGAGGGGAUGCCUCUGUACGCAAGCAACAAGAAAGGCGACCUCUAUGUGACGUUCGAGGUUCUCUUCCCUAAUUCAUUGACGCAGGAGCAGAAGACGAAGAUCAAGGAAGUUCUCGGCUAA